CCGUGAGCAAAGAGCGUUGCAUGCACAAGUGACACGGCAGGAGACCCAGCUCGGUCCUCUAGUCACAGGUGUUUCUCAAAACAAGAUGAAGCUGUUAUUUUUGCUGCUGCUCCUCUGUCACAUUUCAUCUCCAGUGAAACACACCCUGAAGUUUUUCCUCACUGCAUCUUCUGGAAUCCCAAACGUCCCAGAGCUUGUGUCUGCUGCAGUGGUUGAUGAACAUCUGGCAGCUUACUGUGACACCAACAAAAAGAUAGUCGAACCAAAACAGGAUUGGAUGAAAAAAUUAUUAGAAAACAAUCCUCGGCACCUGGAGUGGUACACUCAAGAGUGUUUUAAGAUUCAGCCUUAUCGGUUCAAAGCCAAGAUGGAGAGCUUCAAGCAGCGCUUCAACCACAGUGGAGGUGACCACAUUUUACAGAGGAUGUAUGGCUGUGAGUGGGACGAUGAGACUGGAGAGGAAAAUGCUUUUAUUCGGUACGGUUACAAUGGAGAAGACUACAUAUCAUUGGAUGUAAACACAUACACAUGGAUUGCUCCGAAACCACAGGCUGUCAUCACCAAACUGAGAUGGGAUGCUGAGAAAGCUAGGGCAAAAUGCAAUCAGAUGUACCUUACGCAGAUUUGUCCUGAGUUCCUCAAGAUGUAUGUUGCCUUUGCCAAGAGCUUUCUGCUGAGAACAGACCUUCCCAGAGUGUCUCUUCUCCAGAAGUCUCCCUCCUCUCCAGUCAGCUGCCACGCUACAGGUUUCUACCCAAACAGAGCCAUGAUGUUCUGGAAGAAAGAUGGAGAGGAGAUUCAUGAGGACGUGAACAUCAGAAAGAUCCUCCCCAACCACGAUGGAUCCUUCCAGAUGAGUGCUGACUUGAACCUUUCAUCAGUCGCACCUGAAGACUGGAGGAGGUAUGACUGUGUGUUUUAUCUCUCUGGUGUGAAGGACAACAUCGUCACCAAAUUGGACAAAACAGUGAUCAGGACCAACUGGGAGAAGCCCAGUGACAUGACCAUCCCCAUCACUGCUGCAGCGGUUGUUCUUGCUCUCAUCGCUGCCACUGGAUUCACUGUUUACAAAUGGAAGAAAGCAAAAAGUCCUCCACCUCCUCCUGACAGCAGCUCUGACCUCACUGAGAAACUCGAUCCAAGUUCGGUUGAUGAACACAGAAAAAAGUAAAUAACUUGGCAUGUGUCAUAUUAUAGUUUUAAAGAAGCAAAAGACAUUUAAAGAUGGCUUCAUGCAGCAAAAGUGUAGUAGUAGUCACAGUAUAUGUAUUGAUAUUUAAAUGUAAGAUAGAAUGGUUUCAUUUCACAUUUUUUUUAAUUUAUAUUUCAAAUGUGAAUUUUAUGAAAAUGUUUUAUCAUUUAUUAACACUGAUGCAACAGUGUGUUUCCAAUCUGUCUUGAAGCACAUUAAAUGAGACAGACAGUGAUGGUGGUUGGACUACUGAGCCAUGGCAUUCACAUGUAGUUGCCUGAAGCCAGUUGGGCCAGUCACUGUAGUUGAGCCUGAGCAGGUAUAAUGUAGAUAUAAAGUAGCAGGGUAUUGGCUCUUCGCUUGGGUGACUAAAGGAUUUAAAGGCAGCUUUAAGAUGCGUUAGGUCAAGGUCAGAGAACGGUGUUGCUUGUCAGAGGACUCAAUAUAUCAAUGACAGCACGACCAACUGCAGGUCCUGAUGAAAGGUCAAAACAAUAUUUAACAUGCAUACUGAGCUACAGCCACUGAAGGUCUGUCACCACAGCUGCCAUCCGCUCUCAUGCCAGCAGAGUACUGUCCUAGCUGGAAGCGAGGCAGGGGGACCACAGGAUGCACUAGCAAGCUAAUUGUCAUCUCAUUCGUGGUCCAGUAAACAAUAAAUUCUUCAAAUGCAGUGCCCCAUAUUAUUUUCCAAGCUACUGUAGCUGUCAUAUUUUGUGGAGAAGGAACCUUCACUUGCAGCUGUGGCAACACAAAUUCAGCUUGCUUGUGACCCAGCAUCGGGGGUUUGAUGCUUGACCGCUUCGACUGUGCACCAGAUCAGCAAACUUGCUGCUGUUACAUAGGUUAAACCUGGCGCUGAGGUUUUGAGCAGGCCAAAUUUGAGUUGCUACAGCCUUUAACAGAAGCAAUAUGGGCUGUAGCAACUCAGAUUCAGCCAGCACAAACGCUGGCGCUCCCUGCUGCAUCAAUAAAGGGACCACAGUGUGUGCUAGUUAGCUAAAUCUUGUGCUGCUGCUUUGUUCUGAAUCUGUGCAAUAACCACACCUCAUUCAUUUGAAUAUGUACAAAAUGGAAAUAAAAACAGCUGGGUAAUUUUUUGGACAUUUUUCUGUGUAUUGAUAACCAUAAAUUAAUGUCUAAAUUAAAUCUAUUGCUCUUUCUUUUGGUGUUGAUGUUUUGCUUUUUAAUAAAGUCCACA